CGGAGCUGGUUAUUUGAAAGUGGCGGGCAGAGUCUUUUUUUAGAAAAACAGCGAUUCACGGAUUUUAAUGACAGAAACGGUUAACGAAGUCCGUUUUUACAUAAAAUAGCAGUUUCUUGGGAGUGGGAUUAAGAUUAUGUCCUUUCCUAUUUAAAAUUUAUUCGAUUUUGUGUAAAAAGGAACUUUUAUUGAGCUUUACUCCUCGAGUACGAUAACAACAGAUUACAGCGUUGAAGGAUGACCAAGGAGGAUGAGAAGGUAAUUCCUGUGAGGGUUGUGAUGAGAUGCCGGCCUUUGGUUUCCAAAGAGAUCAAUGAAGGAUGUCAGUGCUGUCUCACUUUUGUUCCCGGUGAACCUCAGGUGAUCGUGGGAAAUGACAAGGCUUUCACCUAUGAUUAUGUCUUUGACCCCACAACAGAGCAGGAGGAAGUAUUUAACACUGCUGUGUCUCCAUUAUUGUCAGGGCUUUUUAGAGGUUAUAAUGCCACCGUUUUGGCCUAUGGGCAGACAGGGUCAGGGAAGACAUUCUCUAUGGGUGGCACAUACACAUCAGAACAAGAGAACGAGUCCACGGUUGGGGUUAUCCCACGAGUGAUACGAAGAAUCUUUCAAGAAAAGUCUAAAUGUGCAGACUGUGAAUUUUUGUUGGCUGUAUCUUACCUUGAGAUUUACAAUGAAGAGAUCCUGGACCUGCUGUGCACAUCAAAGGACAAACCCAUCAUCAGUAUCAGAGAGGAUCCUAAAGAUGGCAUCAAAGUAUGUUUUACAACUUCUAAUUGGGAAUGG